ACCAUUCACUGUCAGUGUGUGGUCAGCUGUCAACCAGCCGUAGCAGUAGGCAGCUGAUCAAAAAAUCAACGAAAAACCAAAAUAAAUGUGGUGAAAACUGAGUAUUUAUGUAAUUAAUCCGCUGUAACUUAACGCUACAGAUGCUACGAAAAGUAGUUUUUGGGUCUGGCCUGGUGGCCUUAGUGCCUACCAUCAGUGCUGCGACUCCAGUGCAGGAAUCCAAGGAGCCGGUGCGACCUCCACCCAUGCGACUUUCCGAAUUACCGAUAUAUGAAGCCCCACACGCUGAUUAUGCAGAGUACCUAGAGUCAAAAUCAAAAGAGGACAAACCUAGCUAUGUGAGAUCAGCGCUCUUGUCGCCAGUGAGAACAGUGAGGGAGAAAGUGCAAACGGCUAUAGCUCACACCGAGUCUGCCAAGAAUACUAUCAAGGACAACUACUCCGAGCUACAGGAUAGAAGCGAAUGGAUAGUUCAAUAUUUGAGGGAAGAAGAGAACAAGCAGAUGAGAUAUGGCGCUGUAGCAAUGGGUGGUCUCACUGGUUUUAUAUUUGGCCUAAGGGGGGGACUAAUUAGGAGAAUAUUUUACGCUGGCUUGGGAACUACGGGUAUGGGCUACAUAUGCUUCCCCGAAGAAACUAAGCAACUUAUGAAAGACAACGGGUCGCUCUUGAAGCAGUAUAUUAACAUUGCUUACAACUUUUUCUAUGGAGUAAAACCCGGCGACCCGCAGUUGGAGCUUAAAUUCCCCGAGUUGUCUUUCCCCAAAGACUUGUCAGAGUUUGUAGACAUGACCGUGUCUGUGGCCACGUCCGUCAAACAAGCGGUCAUGCCCCCACCAUCGAAAAAUGAGGUGGAAAAUAAACCCUCUGAACACAAGGACUAGAAUACUUAUUUGAAGAUGUAGACAAUUACUGAAAGGGUUAGUGCUCUAAAAUGGUAGAAGAUGAAAUGAAACAGAAGAUUUUUUAGCAUCAUUAUUUAUUUGUAAACUGCAGUGUAAUUUAUUCUAUGCCAUGUAAUUAAAAUGUUAUGUUAGA